AUCCAAUAGACGUAUGAGGAAUCAAGGAUAUCUCCCGAGCACCUCAUCUACCCUCCGGACAAAGCAAAUCCAAGCAUGAAUAAGACAUACGAACAUCAUUCCAAAUUCCAAUGCGUCUCAGCAUAGGCGCACUCAUACGGCAAAUCCAGCGCUUUGGUUCCUCGCCUUGGUCUGCAUCAAUAUCAAGCCCUACAAAGCACAUCAAAAUCGACGAUGAGGAACGGGGUGUGAAGCUCCCACAAAACCCAUCAUCAUUCCCCAUGGCGAAGAUGAUAUUCGUGACUCUCCUCGCUCUCCUCACCUUAAUCCUCCUAUCCAGCUACACCAUCUACAAACCCCCACAAUUCCUCAUCAACCUCCUACAAUGGAAAUACCCAGACGUGAUAUUCCACGUCCCACUCACCAACACACAGCGCGUCAUCGCCCUAACAAUCGACGAUGCCCCGUCAGAAGAAACCCCCCGAAUCCUCGACCUCCUCCAAAUCUACAACGCCAAAGCCACCUUUUUCAUCAUCGGAAGCCAAGCCAGCUCCCACGCAUCCCUAAUCCAGAGAAUCCACUCCGAAGGCCACGAGCUAGGAAACCACGCCUGGGCUGACGAACCCUCCAUCUCGCUCCCGCUGAGCGAGCUUGAACGACAAAUCACUGAAGUCGAGGGACUUCUCCCGGACAAUCGUCCGAUCACGGGAUCUAAGGUUCCCCCUAAGUAUUUUCGGCCCGGGUCUGGGUUUUUCAAUAGUGAAAUGGUACAGUUGGUGAGGGAUUUGGGAUAUCGUCUCGUGUUGGGGAGUAUAUAUCCUCAUGAUCCGCAAAUUCAUAAUGCGAGGAUUAACGCGAGACAUGUUUUGAGUAUGGCGAGACCGGGUGGUAUCAUUAUUAUGCAUGAUAGACGAUCGUAUUCAGCGGCUGAGAUUGAGUUGGUUCUUGGGGGUUUGAAGAAGAGGAAGUAUAGGGUUGAAUCGCUUGGGGGCUUGUUGGGGGUUGCAGGAAUCAAUCAACCGGUUUAGUUUGGGCUACGGUUCUAAUAGACUCAUCAGCUCGAUUUAAAAUUAGAUUACCAUCUUACUUUCUAAUGUUCAUCUACGGUCGAGAUCUUUAGCACAGCAAAGCACAGCAGAUAUAAAUAAAAUAAAACUCAAAACCCGUAGCUACAGCUAGCUAUAAGAAACAAGGAACAACAACCCUAGCAUCCCAAACGCGAAAAGUCCACCAAGUAGAUAGA